AUGGCUUUUUUUUCCUACGUUUUGUUCUUUUUUUUUUUUCUUCUUUUUCUUCUUCUUACUCCUCCUAUUUCGUCAUUAGCUAUAGUCCAAAUGAACGGUGGAAAAAGAACUCUUCCAGAUUCAUCAAGCCUGCUACCUGCUAAGAAACCAAAGCAAGAGUUGAGUUCGUCCGGUCCUUUAACUCAAGAUGAUGUUGUUUAUUUCCAAAAAGAAGCUAUUUGGAGACAAAUGAUUCAAUAUAAACAACAAGUUGUUUCAUUGCGUCUGGACGUCAUAAGAUUACAACGUGAAUCAAACACACUGAAACAUAUUAUAACGGUUUUGACUGCGUGGUAUGAACAAAUACUUGGUCUUUUCGGUGAAAUAGACAAACAAGAGUCAGCUGAGUUAUUGGUGGCCUUUGAGAAGAAUGUAGAUGAAAAACUAGAAAAUUUAAGAACCAAGUUGUCUGGUUUAUUGUCUAAUAAAGUUGUUUUUGAUGAAUCCAAGUAUGAAAAAAUUGCUGGAGAAUUUGCCCUUGUUUCACGAGAAAACCAACAGUUCCAAAUAGAAAAGUCCUCGCUUUCUGAAAAGAUUGAACAAUUGGAAUCCAAAAUUGAAGAACUCAUUAAAGAAAGAGAUAGAUCAGUGUCAAAGACUUUACAGAGAGUAGACGCAUCAAGAAGAGUUGAAAAUUCUGAAGAAGAGGAAGAAGCACCUGUAUCACAGCCAAAUGGGUCCCAUAAAGAAAAUAGUGUUUCCCCAGUGGAUUCAGAGGAACUAGAUAGACUUAAAAGUGAGGUUGAACAGCUCAAGUCAGCCAACAAAUUGCUCUCAGAACAGGUAGAACAGUUGACCAAAGACAACCAGUCAUUAAUUCAGCAAUCAGUCAAUUUAGAAAAGAAGUUGCAUAACUUGGAGGAGUCUGAUUUACAGGACAAUAUUUUUUACAAGAAAGUUGUUAAAAACAACCAGUCGUUACAACAACAGAUCAGUAGUGUCACCAAACUUAAUUCAAGUAAUGCAUCUAAAUUGAACGAAUUGGAGAAGCAGCAGAAUGAUUUAAAGAAUUUAAUUCUGAGUGAAAUCCUUGAAGAGAAUGAAAAAUUGAAACAACAAUUGCAUGAAAGUGAGAACAAUUUGGUGAGAAUUAGAACAGCUCGUGAUGACCUAUUGGCCAAGAAUGCUAUAUUAUCAACUCAGUUACAAGAUGAAAAAACAAACGAAUCGUUGAUUAAAUUGAAUGAAGAGUUAUCCAAGAGAAUCGAACAUUUAACAAAAGAAAAACUCGAUUCAAUAGUUGGAUCUCCAAGUGAAGAUAAGCUUAAAGAGUUAUCACAAGAUGAAUUGAUUCAAAAGAUUGGGCAGUUGAAUGAAGAAAUCAAGGAAGUGGAAUUGGCGUUUAAACAGACUCGAGAAAUAACAUUGAAGAAAUUGAAUAGUUCGAUUGAUCAAGAGAACUUGACAAAGAAGUUGGCAAUUGAAAAGAAUAAAGCUGAUCAGAAGUAUUUUGCUGCCAUGAGAUCCAAGGAUUCAUUGAGUAACGAGAAUAAAUUAUUGAAAGCGCAAAUCAACAAAUCACAGGAAUUGAUCAAGAACUUGAAUGAAUUGGAGAAAAAGUAUUUGAACAAGAUUGAAAUUUUAGGCAAUCAAUUGGUGGAUUUCAAGACAAUCAAGGAAAAUUCAUUACUGGAAAAUUCCAAACUACAAGAAGAUUUGAGAUCAGUGACGAUUGCCCAUGACACAUUGCAACAAGAGCUUGAGAGAGUUAAUGAAAAAUUGGAAUCCACCUUGAAAGAAUUCACCAGCUUGCAAGAUGUAAAUAAGAAGCAAGAAAUUGAAUUGACCAAAGUGGAGAAACAAUUAAAGUCUACUGAAGACAUUUUGCAAAAAUACAAAUCCAAUAACACCAAUUCAUUAUUGCAAGAAGAUGAACAACAACUUGAGGCAUUAAGAUCGAUUGCUAAAUGUUCGGUGUGUUCUAAAAACUGGAAGGAUACGGCCAUUACGGUUUGUGGACAUGUAUUUUGUUCUAAAUGUACACAAGAAAGAUUGGCUGCUAGAUUGAGAAGAUGUCCAAGUUGUAAUAAAGGGUUUUCAGCCAAUGAUUUACUAGCUGUUCACUUGUAA